AUGAGCUCUGACAUUGCGUUGAAGGACAAUGCGAGAUUGCGAAGGGCUACAUUUAGAAAGAGAGAAAGAACUCUUAAGAAGAAUGCACGAGAACUGUCUGCUUUAUGCGGCACCCCCACCCUGCUGAUAUUGUUUGGGCCCGAGGAAGAAAUCAUUACAUGGCCUGAAAAACUGUGCGAAACCAAAGAUAUAAUCAAGGAAUACCAAGAACUUAGUCGACAUGCGAGUAACAAGCAUAACUUCACAUUGUCCGACUAUCUUCAGCGACGAAAGAUGAAGGAUCACGAAAGAACAACGACAAGGGUCGAUGAUAUUACCUCGUUUGAAGAAGCGAAGGAGGCGAUAAGAUCAAUUGAUUCCACAUUGAAGGAAGUCGAAAAGAGGAUGAAUUUUUUAUCUCUCGAUAAAAAUUUGGAAAAUGCCGCGAUUGAAGAAGAGGAAAUAGAGCCAAAUUUUGAAUUUGGUUCGGUACUAACUCAUAAUAGUGAUGAGGAUGGAGAUGAUACCAUGGAGGAGUUCGCUUCAACUUCGACAGAAGAGAACACGAAACAAAUUGCUUCAACUUCUACGGAAGAAAAUAUGAAGAAAAUUACUUCAAGAGAAGAGAAAGGGAAGGAAAUUACUUCGGCUUUGACGAAAGAGAGAAUGCAGACUGUUAGACUGUUUGGAAAGGAAAUAACAGUACGUGAAUAG